GGACGCAGCGGGAGCUGCGGCGGGCGCGGGGCUAAUAAAAACAAAAAAUAAAGACAGGAAGAAAUGGAAAAAGCUCGUUGCUGGCGGUAACGGUGGGGGCAGAUUUGCCGUCUUUGGAGCUCAUGCAUUUCCCGGUAUGCCAUCCCGCGAUGAGCGCUGCCGGGAUUAGGUGGAUGGUCUGGGAGCCGUAAUCCCAGCCUAGUUUUCAGAACGAGCCCUUCCGUGUGAAGGAGUAAACACCGCCUCGGGCUGCUGAGUUGGUCGGUGACUAGAGGCGGUGGUGCAGCGGUGCCGUGUGUCCCUGGUUCGGAGCGGGGGCCGCAGGCGCCGCGCCCGCUCCCUCAUGGGGAGCGCCCGACUUUCCCUUGGGAUGCGGGGGGAUCGCUGGCCUCAGCAAACACCCCUGGCUAGAGUCUGCGUUCGGGCUUGGUGCAAAAUAAAUGUGUAUCGCUUCCUUACCAUGAUUUGAGGGGAAAAAUUUAAAAAAGGAUUUUGGGUGUUCUGGGAUGGUUCCUAACCCUUUCAGCAUUGAUCCUAAAUGAUGCCGAAAGCCCACGCCGCAGGGUUGCGGCCUGCCCGGCGUGAUGAGGGCUCUGGGCUGUCCAGGACACCUCUUCGGGCAUCUCCUGCGUGCCCGAGGCCGCCCCUUGUGCUAAUCCCUGCCGCGAGUCUGUGCCGAGCCUGCUCCCUGGAGCAGAGGAGGGAAAUAUUCCCUGCCUGACUCCCACCGUGUGCCCAGGGAUGCCGCCUUCGCAGGAACCAGAAACUUCAGGAGCGGCAAAACAACGUCCUAAUUUAUUAGCACGUGUUAUUAUCUGUUUGUUUAUUGAUAGGUACAGACAUGACAGAUCAUGAUGAAAUAAUGAGUGAAAAUAAUACAUUAAAAACUGGUGGUUGUAAAACACCGUCGUGGUCUAAAAUCCUCUUAAGUAAGAAAUUAGUUCCUUGUGGCACACAUAGAUUUUGUGACUGAAUUGCCAGGUCAAAUUUACUAAUGUGCUUGUUGAAAGCUGCUACAGUGGUUUAGAAAAGGGAGGAGGUGAAAUUAUUGCCUGUGCUCUUCCAGUCUCACAUUCAUUAUGGUUUGGGACUGAGAUGUGCAGCUCUGGAUUGGGUUCCUGCUUUGGUCAAGCUGUUAAUUUCUAACCUCUGUCUUGCAAAUCAGGCAGCUUAUUUUUCCAUCCAGUAAAGUUAUGAGGAGCUAGUAAAGGUAGGACAAACUUUACUAGCACUUAUUUGGUUUUGUAAAAUACAAUAUUUUUUAAAUUAUUUAAAUAUUAUUUAAUUUAAAUAUUUUUAAAAUACACUUGCCUUUCUGUCUUAGAGAAAGAUAGUUGUAUUUUAAGUGUUUUUAUUUUAUCAUAUAUACAACAGCACUGCAUGUUAGUUAAUGAUGCUUUUAAAAAUGUCCUUUAUCUUAGCUGGAGAAAAUGAUGAAACUUUAGACUUCAGCACUUCUCUCCUACUAUUCUGCUUUUCUAUUUUUUCUUGCUGCUAAUUGGAUUAAAGCUCUUUUCGCUUCUAUGGCAUCCAGUGAGGAGAUUACUGUCUGUGACGAUGAAAUAAGGUCUCGGUACAGCCACUUAGAGAAGAUGACAGAUUUGGUGGCUGUUUGGGAAGUAGCUUUAAGUGAUGGUGUUCAUAAGAUUGAAUUUGAACAUGGGACCACUUCAGGAAAGCGUGUUGUCUAUGUUGAUGGAAAGGAAGAAAUAAGAAGAGAAUGGAUGUUUAAAUUAGUGGGUAAAGAAACAUUCACUGUUGGAGCUACUAAAACUAAAGCUGCUAUUAACAUUGAUGCAGUCAGUGGCUUUGCAUAUGAAUAUACUUUGGAGAUCAAUGGAAAGAGUCUCAAGCAGUAUAUAGAAAACAGGUUAAAAACAACCAAUACUUGGAUAUUGAACUUGGGAGGGACAGACUAUAGAAUUGUCCUAGAAAAGGACACUAUGGAUGUGUGGUGCAACGGUCAAAAAAUGGAAACAGCGGGUGAAUUUGUGGAAGAUGGGACUGAAACUCACUUCACUGUUGCUGACCACAGCUGUUGCAUUAAGGCUGUCAGUAGUGGGAAACGAAAGGAAGGAAUUAUUCAUACCCUUAUUGUGGACAACAGAGAAAUCCCAGAGGCUGUGGAAUAGCCUCUGGUUAACUGAUUAUGGUGCCAAAGCAAGUUAUUACCUUCUGGUGGAGAAUACAUCCUGUGAAAUCCAGUUUGGCAAACUGAGCAACAGAACUCAGGAGGAACACUCUGGUACAAUUUUUGAGUUGUUCUGAAGCUACCAUCUACUUUUUUUAUCAUUUGUUGGAAUGCAGCAUAUAGAAGUGGAUUAUGUAUCUUUUCAAUCUGUAAAAUAAAUAACAGCUUAGCAUAAGCAGAUGGAGACUAAUUAUGAAAUCCAUAAGUGCUUUUAUUCAGGCUAUGUUCUUCAAUGCUUUAGCCUUUGCUUUAGCCUAUAAGCAUUGACCACAUAAUGGACAAAGUAUCUGCAGUGUGCAACUGAUCCAAAAAAAAGAAUCAUACCACUAGCCCAUGCCUCCCCCAUUGAAAUCACUGGGAAUAUUUCCUGGUGUACUGACUUUCAGUACUUGAGUUGUGCUGAAGAGAUUAAGUCCACCUCCUGUUCAGUAAAGCAGUGAUACCCAAGUAUGAUUCCAGCUUUAACACAUAAUCAGAUCAGAGCUCUGGCACGUUUUUAGUGUCAAGCUCACAAGAAGAAAAUAGACACUGAAUUAGUGUCCUGGAAUAUUGUACUUAAUUUACCCUACCAAUCUCAUAUUUCUC